AUGAUCCCUGGUUCUCAGCCCCCAACCCUGUCGGGCCCACGACAACCCCCCCCCCCCCAGACUCCCAACCCCGGCUCCCUCGGUCCUCAGUGGGCCCACGACCCUGGCUCCCUCAGGCCCCGCCCCCUCGAGCUCCCAACCCAGGCUUCCUCGGGCCCACGACCCCGCUCCCCCCCCCUCGGCCCAGGACUCCGGUUCCCUCAGGCCGACAACCCCAGAUCUCUCGGGCCCACGACCCCGGCUCCCACAGGCCCACGACCUCGGCCCCCUCGGGCCCACGACUCCGACUCCCACGGGCCCACGACCCAGGCACCCUCGGCCCACGGCCCCGACUCCCACAGGCCCACGACCCCGGUCCCCUCGGCCCCGGCCCCCACGGGCCCACGACCCCGGCCCCCUCGGCCCACAGCCCCGGGCCCCUCGGGCCCACGACCCAGGCACCCACGGCCCCGGGCCCGAGGGCCCACGACCCCGACUCCCACAGGCCCACGACCCCGGCCCUCUCGGCCCCGGCCCCCACGGGCCCACGACCCCGGCACCCUCGGCCCACGGCCCCGACCCCCACGGGCCCACGGCCCCGACUCCCACGGGCCCACGACCUCGGACCCCUCGGCCCACAGUCCCGGCCCCCUCGGGCCCACGACCCCGGCACCCUAG